GCCUUAGCAUUUAAGUACCUUCAUGAAAAGAAAGAUACACAAGUUACCAAAUAUAAUACGGAUAAAUUAACAAAUUUAUUAAUAGAUAAUAAUAUCCAUUUAUCUAAACUAUCGAAUCCUAGUAAGGCUACAGAUGAGAGAGGACAAUUAUAUAUUAAUAUUCAUGGCCUAUCUUGGAGGUCAA